AUGGGGCGUCGCCCGUUGCCGCCUCUUCUGGCUGUGGUACUUCUGUGCUUCUGUUGGCCCAUCAUUGGCGAAACGAAACUGAAUGAAAUUGUGUGCAAGAACGUGGACAUCCGGAACUCGGUGGAGAACUUCCGAAAGCUAGACAACUGCACCGUCAUCGAAGGCUACCUGCAAAUCCUGCUGAUCGACAAUGGACAGGCCCAUGAGUACGACGGCCUGGUGUUCCCAGACCUGGUGGAGAUUACCGGAUAUUUGUUGCUGUACCGAGCCUUCGGCCUCAACUCAGUGGGCCGUCUAUUCCCGAACCUGGCCGUCAUCCGGGGCAACGUACUCUUCCACAACUACGCGAUGGUCGUGUUCGAAAUGUACCACCUGCAGGAGAUCGGGCUGACGAGGCUGACCGACAUCCUGCGCGGAUCGGUCCGGAUAGAGAAGAAUCCGGGACUGUGCUACGUGGACACCAUUGAUUGGGACCUGGUGGCGCGGCAGGGCAGGGGCGGCCACUUCAUCAAGGCCAACAAGAAGUGGGACGAGUGCCCCAACACCUGCCCCGAGCCGGACCUCUGUCCGCAAGUCACGAGGGAAGAUGGCAAGUCUCUCAGGCUCUGCUGGAAUCCGCAGAAUUGUCAGAAAAUAUGUGCUCCGCAGUGCGGACAAGAGAACGCCACCUGCCAAACCGAUCCAGAGAAAUGCUGUGCCAAAGAGUGCUUGGGUGGAUGUUACGGACCGUCAUCGUCUGACUGCGUGGCAUGCCGGCAUGUCAUGUAUUCAGGGAGAUGCAUGAGGAAGUGUCCGCCUGGUACCUUUGAGCUGUUGGGUCGCAGAUGCAUCCAAGAAAAUGAGUGCAGAAUGUACGAGGAUAAUGAGAAUCAACAAACAAUCAAGUACUGGAAGGCUUUCAUGGGGCAGUGCGUUAUAGAUUGUCCAGCAGGCUACGUCGAAAGUGAGAAAGACAGACAUGUCUGCAAAAAAUGUGAGGGCAAAUGUCCGAAAGUUUGCCAAGGACUGGUUGUGGACCAUGUUAGUGCUGCUCAGAAAUUAAGUGGAUGCACCUACCUCAAUGGAUCUUUAGAGAUACACAUACAAGGCGGUGCAAAUGUUAUAAAAGAACUGGAAGAGAAUAUGAACAUGAUUGAAGAGAUCCAUGGUUAUCUGAAAGUGGCACGCUCUUUUCCUUUGGUCUCUCUAAAUUUCUUGAAGUCACUGACUACCAUUCAUGGAGAGCAGCUUGACAAAAAAGAGUAUGCCUUUCUUGUUUUAGACAAUCAAAACUUACAAGAACUGUGGGACUGGAAGACACAUAAGGAGCCCUUGCGUAUAAAGAAGGGGAAAAUAUUCUUCCAUUUCAAUUCAAAGUUAUGUCCCAGUAAGAUAACAGAAUUGAAAAAGUUUGCACAGACAUUAGAUUGGGACGAUCGAGAUGUUUCUCCUAGCUCAAAUGGAGACAGAGUUGCAUGUGAUGUUACUAACAUGAAUGUCUCCGUCAUCAAUUUGGCUCCUUCGGUGGUGAAAGUUAGGUGGGACAGUUUUCGAAAGUAUUUAUUUGACGAGAGGUCUCUACUUGGCUAUGUUAUUUACUAUAGGGAAACACCAUAUCAGAAUAUUACUAUCUUUGAAGGACGUGAUGCAUGUGGAACGGAUGUCUGGACUGUCCGAGAUGUGGAAUUGGGGGAUGAAACCAAUGAACACAUUGAUCAUAUCAUAGCUGGACUCAAACCUUUCACCCAGUAUGCUCUUUAUAUUCGCACUUACACCACAGCAUCGGGAAGACAAGGGGCACAGAGCUCAGUUGUAUACUUCAAGACAGAUUCUAGUAUCCCCACACCUCCAGUGAACAUCAAAGCUCAUUCCACUUUGCAUGGAGAGAUAGUGAUAUCUUGGAAACCCCCCAAGACUCCAAAUGGCAAUGUCACACAUUACAUUGUGGAGGGAUCUCAUGACAAAGAACAAGCUGAUUUUGUCAACCAGAGAAACUAUUGUUUGGAGCCCCUACCUUAUCCAAAGUACAGGAAACCUAGCCAUGAUGAUGAACUUGUGAAACUACCGACAGAUUAUGUCAAUUCUUCAUUUUCGGAAGGUAAUCAAAGCGCUGAUUGUUGUCCUUGUGAAAAGGAGCAUCGUAAUUUGGAAGAUGAUGAUAAUGCAGAGUUUCAAAUCCACUUUGAGGAUUUUUUGCAUAAUAAUGUUUACAAAAAGAAUCCUAACUUGUUUCGUCGCAAGCGUCACAUUCCGAGUUCAAAUCAAGCAAACGUUUCAUUGAAAGCAAAUGUGAGCAGUUUUGGAGAUUCAACAGGCUCUGAAACAAUUGAUGGAAAUCGCUUCGUAAAUGGCUCUUUGAUGCAGUUUAAACGAUCUGUGUAUCACAACACGUUUAUAGUUAUUUCAAACCUGAAGCACUUCACCGAGUAUACCAUUGAGGUGAGAGCAUGUCAAGAUCCACAUCCCAACUCCAAACGUGAGCGAUGCAGUUCAAAAGCUAUUACAAGUGUAAGAACUCUUCACCUGUCUGGAGCUGAUGACAUUAAAAGUGGCAGUGUUCAGAUUCAAACAGAAAAUAUUACUUCAUAUUCUGGUUUUAUUCGAUGGGAAGAGCCUAAAGAUUCUAAUGGAAUGAUUGUGGCAUACAAUAUUGAAUACCAGCGCUUAGAUGGAGAAUAUUUCAAGCCGAUCCUGAUUUGCAUCACAAGAUCUGCAUUUUUGGAGCACGGUGGAUUUCAUAUUUCUGAUCUUUCGCCCGGAAAUUAUUCAUUACGAGUCAGAGCAACAUCGUUGGCUGGACGUGGAAAUUGGACUCAUAAUAUUUAUUUUGUCAUUUCAGCUGUUCCAGAAAAUUAUAUAAUGGAAAUAGCUCUCGUUGUUUCUCUGAUAUUUUUCUUUGCUUUGCUUCUGGGAGCUAUGUAUGGAGUCUACAAGUGGAAGUUCAAGUCGCAUGUUCCAGAUUAUGUUGAUUAUGCAUCUGUUAACCCCGAGUACAUCAGCUCAAACUUGGUAUAUGAACCUGAUGAAUGGGAAAUACCCAGAGAAAAGGUGAAGCUCCUAGAAGAAUUGGGACAGGGCUCCUUUGGAAUGGUGUAUAAAGGAGAAGUGCAUGACUUGAAUGAUGUUAAAGUUUCUCCAUGUGCUGCUAAAACAGUGAAUGAAACAGCAAGUUUGCGAGAAAGAAUAGAAUUUUUGCAAGAAGCAUCGGUGAUGAAAGCUUUUUCUUGCAACCAUGUUAUCAAGUUACUGGGUGUUGUGUCUAAAGGCCAACCUACUCUGGUUAUUAUGGAAUUGAUGCCGAAUGGAGACUUAAAAACUUACUUAAGAUCACACCGUCCAGAUGAAGAGGAAAACCCUGGUCAGCAGCCACCGACACUUAAACAAAUUUUGCAAAUGGCUGCUGAAAUAGCUGAUGGCAUGGCCUACCUGGCUGCUAAGAAGUUUGUUCACCGAGAUCUGGCUGCACGUAACUGCAUGGUUGCCGAAGAUUUGACGGUAAAAAUUGGAGACUUUGGUAUGACCAGGGACGUGUAUGAGACGGAUUAUUACCGAAAAGGUGGUAAAGGGUUGCUCCCUGUCCGUUGGAUGUCUCCCGAGUCUUUAAAAGAUGGGAUUUUCGACAGCCAAACAGACGUAUGGUCUUAUGGAAUUGUUCUCUGGGAAAUGGCGACCCUUGCAUCCCAGCCAUAUCAAGGCCUAUCUAAUGAAGAUGUUUUGAAAUUUGUCAUUGCAGGAAAUACAAUGAAAAAGCCGGAAGAUUGUCCAGAAAAACUGUACAAUUUGAUGGUCAUGUGCUGGCACAGACAUCCGAAGGCACGUCCCACCUUCAUAGAAAUCAUUGAAAUGUUGCUUCCGGACGUGAAUCAAAAGUUUCAUCAAGUGUCAUACUACUUCACUCAGCGUCAUCUCUUGAAUCCCUCCGAUUUUGAGGACAAUGCCACCCCUUCCACACCACUCAGGGUAUCCAUGAACAGUAACAACCUGUCGGAAUCUGCGUACAGAUACUUCCCCAGCGCCACCCAACUGCCUGACGAAGAAAGUGGUGGCGCCGGAGAAGCCGCCGCAUGCUCCGAUGUCAGUGCUGUCCUAGUGAACUCCAACAAUGAGGGAAGCAAGGGAAUUUCCAUCAAUUGUUCCGAUGGCAGCAAAGAUAGCAAAAUCAGCAGCAUUUCCAAUGGAAGUGUUGCAAACGGACACGUCAACAGGCAUACAGGAACAGCAGCAAAAUGCUGACUCGUGGGUUAAAGUAAUUUUUCUUCCCCUUCCCCCCCAAAAAAAAACAGUAAGCUUGCACUUAAGACACUCAUAAAUUGAUCCAGAGCUCUUCAACUGUCAAAUUAUACGUAUUUAUGAUGGUGAUCUGGCAUGUUGAGAUUAUUAUGACUAAUUUCUGGCCUAUUAUCCACAAAGUCAUUAGUUGAAAGAAUAUUCAAGUGCAUAUGAUUUGAAAGAAUCCAUCAUUAAUAAAGAAUGCAUAAGUAACGUAUAUAUUUACAACAUCCAACCAGAACUUAUCAGCUUAAAAGCAAAUCAAAAACCAAAUAAUGAAAUUAAUGGUAGGCCAGUCUUGAAUGAGCUCCUACCCCAUGUAAAAGAGAAUAUUGUGUACUUUGCUACAUUUUUGGCAUUAUGAAAU